AGACCACACAACACGCGCCCUCUACCAAUGGUGCCAGCAGAGGCGCAGAAUGAGACGGAUGCCAGGUUGCCGCCAGGUCUACUCACUUCGACCUUAGUCAUGUCCCUCAAAACCGUGCGCCCUAUAUAUAAAAGCGAUUUCGUGGAUGAAGAAACCCUCGAGACACUGUACGACCAAGUGCUCGUCGAAAUCUACGAACGGGCUGGCGUCACUAGUUUCCUUCGCGGACAUCUUCCAAACUACCACAAAGCUACUCGCAAGAUGUUAAUGAGUGACCAUGGUCUGCUUGGGGCAGACUAUUCACGAAGUCCUCCCAACUACAGAACUUUCCGCAGACAGGCCGAACGCGUCUCUGAAGUCGAGAAAGCAAAACUCUCCCCUGCCGUCCUCGAGGGUUGCUUAACCAGAACAACGUUUCGAUGAUCUGCAACAACCAAGUUGUCAAGUGGCUGAACCUAGCGAUCAAGAUGCCCAAGUACCAAAAUGAAACCUUGAUGAACAUCAUCAACCCAGAAGUCAAAGUCCUCAUGAGAGAUGAGAAACGAGUUUCCUCUGACAGUUUUAACGGAUGGA